AUGUCAUCACAACCCUUGCAGACAGUACCCAAAGCCCCUCGCGGUGGCCCAGAAGACAACUAUAAGAAAUCAGAGGUCCACAUCAGCUGGACUGAGAUGAUACCUGAUAACCUGCGGAGCCAUGAGCGACACGCAUCCAUGCAGAAGAGCAAAGCUGAGGUCAAUCCCAAGCGCGAAUUCCUCCAGAGACAAUACCACAGGUUUCGAAAGUGGACCAGGAUCGCGUCUGCAACCACCAAUGUCAUUUCUGCACUACUCUCGAUUAUCAUGGAAUCAAUCAUGAUCUAUACCCUCUACAAAUUCUACGCAACCAAGAACCUCUUCGUCACGGGUCGACCUUGGGGACCGUGGGCAAUGGGCACCAUCCUCUGGCCGACUAUCAUGCUAGCUGUCGCUUCCAUCAUCACUUCUAUAUCUGCCUUGGUUGUGCUUUGUGUCAUUUGGUGCAAAGCCAAGCACAAGGGAGCAUAUUUCAGCCGACUGUACGCUCUGGUACAUAUCAUUGUGUGGUUGGUUGUGUCGGUGGUAUAUAGGGUCGAGAAGACUGAAAAGGACCUUUGGGGGUGGAGUUGUACCGACAAGGCCAAAGCAAUCCAACAACAACUAGGGAGCAAGACACUGGACUUUGAGAGCCUGUGCAAGCUUCAGGCCUCCUCCUGGGAAGUCUCGGUCGCUGAGGUGACCAUCAAGGUACUUGCAACUGGCGUCACCUGGUACCUGGAUGCCAAACAGAAAGGGCUGAAGACUGAAAUUGUCGGUGACAUAGGCUCAGCAGUUUUCGAUCAGAUUACCGAUUGA